AGAAAAGCUUUGGGGCUUAUCCUUGUAGCGCUUAUCCCUCGUUGCCAGAGUAGCGCGUGUAGAUCGAUCUCGAGAGAAAAUGCUAUCAGUUCGUGUCUCCCCCGCCACAUCCGCCGCGCUCGUCAAUCCGGCGCCAGCGGCAGCUCCAGAGAAUGCGAGGAACAGGCUCUUCGCCGGAAUGUCAAGCGGCAAUAGGCGCUCGAUCAAGCUCCAGGCCUCCAAGGGAGCGCCGCCGAAGGAGAUGGACAGCGGAUCUCUCACAGGUGUGGUGUUUGAGCCCUUCGCGGAGGUGAAGCACCAGCUCACGCAAGUCCCAGAGACGAGCUCGGUCUCAUUCGCGAGGCAGAGAUUUGCUCCAAGGUGCGAGGCUGCUAUCAAUGACCAGAUCAAUGUGGAGUACAACGUUUCUUAUGUCUACCACGCGAUGUUUGGCUAUUUCGAUCGAGACAACGUUGGGCUCCCCGGCAUGGCCAGGUAUUUCAAGGAGGCAAGCGAGGAGGAACGAGGACACGCCGAAAAGUUCAUGAAGUAUCAGAACCUCCGCGGUGGAAAGGUUGUGCUUCACUCGAUUCUCGGCCCCAGCAUAACAGAAUUUGAUCACGCAGAGAAGGGUGACGCCCUUUACGCGAUGGAAUUGGCUCUAGCUCUGGAGAAGCUGACAAACGACAAGCUGCUGGCACUACACAAGGUCGCAGUAGAUCACGACGACGUACAGAUGCAAGACUUCAUUGAGUCGGAGUUUCUGGGAGAGCAGGUGGAAUCGAUCAAAAAAAUCUCAGUGUAUGUGAGCCAGUUGAGACGUAUCGGCAAAGGCCACGCUGUGUAUCAUUUCGAUCGGAGCCUCCACGAUGGAGAAAAUUAAGAGCUAUAGCUAAAAUUUUUAAGGAUGAAAGUUCCUUUGUUUUUGUACAGGGGAUUUGUUUAGCUAUAAAAGACAAUGCUAUGUUGAAUGACA